AGGUCUUGAGCGUGUCGCGCGCGCCGGCGAAGAGCGAGGGGAGGCAGGGCUCGCGCCAGGGGAGAGGCGGGGCUUGGUGUUCGCCUCGCGCCGGGGGCGCGGGCGGGGAGCUGCUCGCUCGGGUGAGGAGGAGCCGGAGCGCCAGCCGUGAGGGGAGCAGCGGGCGGAGGAAGACCAGCCUGCUCGGUGCCGCCGCCGCCGCCACAGCAGCUGACAGACAGUGGCAGGGAGGCUCAGCCGACCCGGAGGCAGAUGAUGAUCAGCUCCAGGAAACUAUGUCUUCAGAAAUGAAAGCUUGUACCUACUAUAAACAGUGAUCGGCCUUAAGUAGACUAGAAACUAUAGUCAAGAAACUUCAGAGGAACUCGUCCUUACCUGGUUACCUUGCAUCAUAAAUUCAAUCAUGUAUGGAAGUGCUCGGUCAGUUGGUAAAAUUGAGCCAAGUAGCCAGAGUCCUGGGCGUUCACCAAGGCUGCCACGAUCGCCACGGCUGGGCCAUCGUCGAACCAACAGCACAGGUGGCAGUUCUGGAAGUAGUACUGGGGGUGGCAGUGGCAAAACUCUUUCUAUGGAAAAUAUCCAAUCCUUAAAUGCUGCCUAUGCCACUUCAGGCCCUAUGUACCUAAGUGACCAUGAGAACGUGGGUGCAGACACGCCUAAAAGCACCAUGACUCUUGGACGAUCUGGGGGGCGUCUGCCUUACGGUGUUAGGAUGACUGCUAUGGGCAGCAGCCCCAACAUUGCCAGUAGUGGGGUUGCCAGUGAUACUAUAGCAUUUGGAGAGCAUCAUCUUCCUCCUGUCAGCAUGGCAUCCACAGUGCCUCAUUCACUGCGCCAGGCGAGGGACAACACUAUAAUGGACCUGCAGACGCAGCUCAAGGAAGUGUUGCGGGAAAAUGAUUUACUACGCAAGGAUGUAGAGGUGAAAGAAAGUAAACUUAGCUCCUCCAUGAACAGUAUCAAGACAUUCUGGAGUCCUGAACUCAAGAAGGAAAGAGCCCUGAGGAAAGAUGAGGCAUCCAAAAUAACUAUUUGGAAAGAACAGUAUCGAGUUGUACAGGAAGAAAACCAGCAUAUGCAGAUGACAAUCCAAGCUCUUCAAGAUGAGCUUAGGAUCCAGAGGGACCUGAACCAGCUUUUCCAGCAAGACAGCAGCAGUCGAUCCAGUGAGCACUUUGUGACAGAGCUUACAGAGGAGAACUUCCAACGGCUUCAUGCAGAACAUGAGCGCCAGGCCAAGGAACUUUUCUUGCUCCGCAAAACCUUGGAAGAAAUGGAGCUGCGCAUUGAGACACAAAAGCAGACCUUAAAUGCUCGUGAUGAGUCCAUCAAAAAGUUGUUGGAAAUGUUGCAGAGCAAGGGGCUGUCAGCAAAAGCAACAGAGGAGGAUCAUGAGCGGACUAGACGGUUGGCCGAGGCAGAGAUGCAUGUGCACCACUUGGAAACCUUGCUGGAGCAGAAGGAAAAGGAGAACAAUUUGCUAAGGGAGGAAAUGCAUCGUCGUUUUGAAAAUGCACCCGAUUCUGCCAAGACUAAAGCUUUGCAGACUGUUAUAGAGAUGAAGGAUUCUAAGAUCUCUUCCAUGGAGCGUGGACUCCGAGAUUUGGAAGAAGAGAUCCAGAUGCUGAAGUCAAAUGGAGCCCUCAGUACAGAGGAACGAGAGGAGGAAAUGAAACAAAUGGAGGUGUAUCGUAGCCAUUCCAAAUUCAUGAAAAACAAGGUAGAGCAACUGAAGGAAGAGCUAAAUGCCAAAGAGGCCCAAGGAGAGGAGCUGAAAAAGAGAGUGACUUCUCUCCAGACUGAGAUUGGUCAGGUGAAACAGGAACUGUCACGCAAAGACACAGAGCUGUUGGCCUUACAGACAAAAUUGGAAACCCUCACAAACCAAUUUUCCGAUAGCAAGCAACACAUUGAUGUUCUCAAGGAGUCCCUCACAGCUAAAGAGCAGAGAGCUGCCAUCCUGCAAACAGAGGUGGAUGCUCUCCGGUUACGUCUAGAAGAGAAAGAGACCAUGUUGAAUAAAAAGACUAAGCAAAUUCAGGAGAUGGCUGAAGAGAAAGGAACUCAAGCUGGAGAGAUUCAUGAUCUCAAAGAUAUGCUGGAUGUGAAAGAACGCAAAGUGAAUGUUCUUCAGAAAAAGAUUGAGAAUCUUCAGGAACAGUUAAGAGACAAGGAGAAACAGAUGAGCAGUUUGAAAGAAAGGGUAAAAUCCCUGCAGGCUGAUACCACCAACACCGAUACUGCCUUGACCACACUGGAGGAAGCACUUGCGGAGAAGGAACGUACAAUUGAGCGCCUGAAGGAGCAGCGCGACAGAGAUGAGCGAGAAAAACAGGAGGAGAUUGACAACUAUAAAAAAGAUGUUAAAGACCUGAAAGAGAAAGUCAGCGCCUUGCAAGGAGAUCUUUCUGAGAAAGAGACUUCAUUACUGGAUUUGAAGGAGCAUGCAUCAUCUUUAGCAUCAUCAGGACUGAAGAAAGACUCUAGGUUAAAGACAUUAGAAAUUGCCUUGGAACAGAAAAAGGAAGAAUGCCUGAAACUAGACUCUCAGCUGAAAAAGCAUCCUGAAGUCUUAUUGAGUCACCCAUCCAAGCCAGCUCAUGAAGCAACAUUGGAGGCUAGGGCCAGUCCAGAGAUGAGUGACCGAUUUCAGCAAUUGGAAAGAGAUGUGGCUCGCUACCGGGAAGAAUCCAGUAAGGCUCAAGCUGAACUGGACCGUCUGCUAGAAAUCCUGAAAGAGAUGGAGAAUGAGAAGAAUGAUAAAGACAAGAAGAUAGCAGAACUAGAAAGGCAAAUUAAAGAUCAGAAUAAAAAGGUAGCAAAUCUGAAGCAUAAAGAACAAGUGGAGAAGAAAAAGAGUGCACAGAUGCUAGAAGAAGCUAGACGGCGGGAAGACAAUCUUAAUGACAGUUCCCAGCAAUUGCAGGACAGUCUGCAUAAGAAGGAUGAUCGAAUUGAGGAGCUAGAAGAGGCACUCAGGGAGAGUGUGCAAAUAACGGCAGAGCGUGAAAUGGUGUUAGCUCAAGAAGAAUCAGCCAGGAUACAGUCUGAAAAACAGGUGGAAGAGUUGAUGAUGGCUAUGGAGAAAGUAAAACAAGAGCUGGAAUCUAUGAAAGCAAAGCUGUCCUCUACCCAACAAUCUCUGGCUGAGAAGGAAACCCACUUGACCAACUUGCGGGCUGAGAGGAGGAAACAUUUGGAGGAGGUCCUGGAGAUGAAGCAAGAAGCCCUUCUAGCUGCCAUUAGUGAAAAAGAUGCCAAUAUUGCUCUGCUGGAGCUGUCGUCCUCCAAGAAAAAAACCCAAGAUGAAGUAGCUGCACUUAAACGAGAGAAAGACCGCUUGGUGCAACAGCUGAAGCAACAGACUCAAAAUCGCAUGAAAUUGAUGGCAGAUAACUAUGAGGAUGAUCACCUCAAAUCGUCAUCUCAUUCCAACCAAACUAACCAUAAACCCUCCCCAGAUCAGGUAAUCCAGCCCCUUUUAGACCUUGAUCAGAAUCGCAGCAAGUUGAAGUUGUAUAUUGGACAUUUGACAGCCCUGUGCCAUGACCGGGACCCCCUGAUUCUCCGUGGACUCACUCCGCCUGCUUCCUACCACCAGGAUGACAACCAUGCAGCUUGGGAGAAGGAGCUGCAGAAGAUGACUCUGGAGCAGCUUCACAAUGAGCUGGAAAAAGGUGAGAGGGACAGUGCAGAGCUACAAGAGUUUGCCAACGCCAUUCUACAGCAGAUAGCCGAUCACUGCCCUGACAUCCUGGAGCAAGUUGUCAAUGCACUUGAAGAGUCAUCAUGACCGAAGCCAGUGCUAGCCCCCUAGCAGCAGCAGCAUGCCUGGGGGCCAAGCCCGGUCAGUCCAAGGAGUCAUGAGGAUGCAGAAUUGUGUGAAAGUGGGGAGGGGGAGAAAACAAAAACUUUUGGUGCACCUUUUUAUAAAAAGAAACAAAUGAACCUAUCUCCGCUCUUCCAGUUUAUAGAUACUGAUUCAUGUCUGCAUUCAUCCUCUCACUGCCUUUCUUCUUUGGAAUAUGCCUCCCAGUUACUUUUCCUGUUGGCUUUGGGAUACGUCUGCUCAGAAAUUUACUGAGUUCAGUAAGCAUGGAAGUGGCAAUAUAUUGGACACAGGUAGUUCUGGUGAUCCUUGAAGUGGUGGCAGGAGAACACUUGCCUUGAUUUUAUUUUUUUCAGUUAGUAGAAAUCUUUGGCCUACCUUCCUUUAUGGGGGAAGUUGAGUGUGUUCUGAUAGUGGCCCACAGUUGGCCAGCAUUGAUUUAGCUAGCUCAAGGUAUGCUGCCUAUGUCUGCACAGGAGUUUUAUCCUAAAAGCGGAAGCUGUUACAAGGAGAUUGUGGGUGGUGAGGAGAAUCCCUUGUUCUCUUUGGUAACUUCAAUUAAGUAAGAAUGGGAAACAUGUUUUCUCUGGUUUUCUGCCUAUUGUAAGCCUUGUUUUUGUUUACCAAAACAGCUACGAAAUGCAUGUGGCUGUUGGGGAAAGGUCCUCUUACCUGAAAACCUGGAGAGCCCCUGCCAGUCAACACUACUAAGCUAGAUGGCAGCUUCCUGUGUUUUCUUUAGCCAAGUUUCUUGCUCUUCUGGCAAAUUUUAGUACCUUUUCUACAUAGCUUUGCAUUCUCAUGUGAAGGGUGCUCUCUUUAUGCAUUACUUCUCAUUUUAUCUAUUUCUGAUUUCUUAGGGGUUUACUUUAUAAGCUAUGCCCAGCUCCAAGAGUACUAGAUAUGGUCGCCCCUACUGCUGUAUCUUCUAUAACACUCACCAAAGAUUGAGUAAACCCAAAAUAGUUUCUCUAAAUGGCAUCCUCUUAAUAUAUCCAAAUUCACAGGCUCAUAAAUAGGAAUCUGGCUAUUCACGUGUUUUGCACUAAUUGUGAAAAUACAGUUUUAAUCCGGGCAGCAUUUUAUGCAUAGUGUCAUUCUUCAGGCAUUCACAAGAACAGAAUUCUGGUAUCAGGUUAUUUCUUCCUGAGAGGAACUGUUUUUGAUGUUUAUUCUUGCAGAUUUCAGGAUUAAUAGAACCUUUUGGAGCAAACAUAGAAGAAAGAGUUAGGAUUCUGAACUUAAAGAAAUAAGAGAAAAGAUCACUGUUCCUUACAACGCUUUCCUAACUCGUUUACCUCUAUAAUGAUUGCCCAAAUCACCAUGCUUGGCUUUUCCAGCUUAAGCAAUUUACACAUGGAUAGGCCCAUGCAUUCAAAGUUUAGAAAGCAGACACUCUCUCAAAGCCUUUUUCUUUUCCCCUUCAACAGUAUCCCCACUCCACCAGUGCAACUUUCCAGUUUGGCAACCCAGACCCUAAGACAUUAUUUUCUAUAUAGCAAGGAAUAAUUUUCUAUAAAGUUACUGUUCAGUCAUUAACAUCUUCAACCCAUGGACAUUGAACCAGCCCCAGUAUCCCCAAUCAGGAGCCUCUCUGACUGAAUCAAGAGUCCUCUAGGCACUCUAUGAAUCCUUUAUUACUACUUUUUAUACACAUAGUUUCUGCCUUUGAAAAUGAAAGGAUGCAGUCACUUCUUCAAGAUGCUCCAUUUCUUCCUUUCAUUCUCAUGCAGGAGAAGGAACCUGGGGAUACCUCAGAAAGGAGAUACAGUAUGAGAUUGGUUUGGAAUGGCAAACAGUGUUUCUCAUGUGGAUUUUCUGAUGAGGAAUUCACAUUGCUGUCUUAGUUAGCACCUUCAGGACUUUGGAGAUCCGGAGUGGUAGUUUUAGAGCUGAUGGCAUUAAUAGCCUGAGGCUGAUGCUUUUUCUCAGAAAGGCGGGCGGGGGAGAGACUUGAAUGUUCUCAAGGUUGAAAUUGCCUUUACCGGAAGGCAUGUAGACAGUGACUGUACAUACCAUUGAGCCAUGCCUCAUACCAGAACCGCGCCUUUGCCCCCAUUGUUUUGAGUCAGCACAUUUUGAUAGGAGCUGUUGUUUUGAAAUCUCCCUUAUAGCCUUUUCUUCUUCAUCCCUAAUUACUCACUGUAGGGAUUUAAUGCUGCCUGUAAAACCAUCUCAGCCUUCAGGCCUAACAUCUUCCCACCACCACCACUCCCAGGCUAUCCUAUUAAGUUAUAUGGCCGCGUCUCCAGCUGCCCUUGUUCCCUGCUGUAAAACAAUCCACUCUCUCUGUGGGGGAAGCUAUGGAAUUUUCCUUAUCAGCGGUUGAAAUGACUUCUGCUUGUAAACCUCUUACUCAGAUGCUCUUUGAUAGUGGCUUUGGGGGCAGGGGUGUUGCUGAAAUUUCGGGAGUGGAGAUGGAGAUAGUUGCUUGUGGUUGAUACUUCAUCCCCAUGUGCUUCUGGCACUGUGCAUAAAUCGCAUAAAUUGCAGGUCUCCAUGCUAGUAUUUUUGGAGCCUUUAACUCAGCUGCCACCAUGUGGCUGUGCUACUAUAGACACAGGAGCUGCUUAAGCAGAGAGAUGCCAUUCCCAAGGCAGUGUGUACAGGGCCCACCAAAAUGAAAUUGGGAUAAAGCCCAUUGUUUACACUCCACUCUACUCACAGCAUGUGCUCCAGGGGAGGAGGGGAUUUGUGAAACAGAGCCAGUUCCCACACUGGCCAUUUGGUUUCUGUCACCCAGCAGCACACCUGCUGUUUGAACCCCUCCCUCUCCAAGCCCAAGUCUGGAGUAUGCAUCUCUUUCAACUCCUCUCUUAUCCCACCACCAAGCACACAACUUUCCCACCCCAUUCCAUGUGCUCAGAGUCCUGUCACCCUAAUGCCUGAUCUAAGCUCCCAGUAAAAAAAAUGAUUGAAUCCCUCAGUAAAGUGCUGAGAGAGAGAAAGAGAGAGAACAAACAAGAUCUUAUCUUGGAACAAUGACCUGACUUUAUCAGCAGUGUGCCAUUGCAGAUAAUCUCCUUGAUGCCAUUUGGAUAGAGGUCCUGUCUCUCUGCAUUUCUCUAGGAACUGUGGAGCCUUAAAUGCAAGGUGUUGGCCAUGAAUUGUUGUUGAACCUGGCCUGCUUCAACUUGCUUCCUUUAACAGAAGAGUGCAAAAUAGUUGACUGCCUUGUGGAUCUGGUUAACAUUGUUAACGUUUUAUGAGAUACAAAAUGCACAGAUCCAAAAGGGUUAUAUGUGGCAAUCUGACUGCCACUACACUAUCACAGCUCUGAAAGAUUUUCGUAUCUACCAUAUCUGAAAUGAGUGAGAUCUACCACUUGUGUCCAGAAAAUACAGCUCUGGACAGUUGUGCUAGAGACGUAUCCUCACCUUCCUUGUUAUUCAGUCCAGCUUUCAGAAAUAGCCUCUUAUCAGGAGAUUCUAAAAUCUCUUGUUUUACACUAGCAAUGGCCAUAUACUUUUGUUGCCAGGUUAUAACAAGGCUUGGUUGUAUUUAAGGAAUGUGAUGUUGCUUUUUCAAGCUAUAAAGAUGCUAAUAUGUAAAAGGUGGUUAUAAACUUCAGGAACCCCCUAUAGAGGGAGUAGUGGAGCAGUUUGUCUUAAAUUUGGUGCAGUCAUUAAAACUCCCUGGACAAUCCAGGUAAUUUCUUGACAUCCUAACUGGACUGCUUAAUGCUCCCAAGGAAUCCAGAUUCUGCUUCCAAUCCUAUCAAAUCCAGGUGUUUAAAAAUAAUAAAAUAAAUGGCACUUCAGACUCUGAAUUGUACAGUGACACUAGCUACUAAUGUUCAAAGAAUUAAUAAGAGACACAUCUUAGUGAAAUGUUUUUUUCAUGUUUGGGGUCUGCUAUGAUGAUUGCCUUUUGAUAUUGCUUUCACUUAAAAAAAAUGCCAAACUCUAAAAAUCCAAAACCGAACGAAAUUGUUAGAGUGUGUGCUAUCAUAUAACAUUGUAUUUGGGUCUUCUCAGUGUAUUUUAGAAGAUCACUGUGAAAUAUGUAGCAUGGGAGUUUUAGGCAUCUGUUUUCUCUAUUCUAACAUUCAGGGAGCAUUCUGUUUUGGAAAAUUCUUAUAUCUGAAACACUAAGUUAAUGGAACACUGAUUUCCUCCUAUCUCACACCUCUGUGCUAGCAACCUAGCAUGGGUUUGUGGAGUGACCUGAGUAAAAAUGUCAAAACAGUUGGAGCUAGAAGGUGCUACUUCGGAGAACUAAGCAGUAAUAGUCAUGGAAAACAGUUCUUGAUUUAAUAACACUGCCCCUAGUGGUGGGAGUGGAAUUGGGAAGUCAGGCAAUUGGUGGCUGAGAGCUGCCAGAAUUGACAAGACAAAACUCUUCUCAUGCCAAUCACUCAGUCUUGUCAGUGCAGCAGGUGCUGUUUUUAUAAUACAAUAUUUUUAAACUUUUUUCCAUUUGUAGAGGAAAGCCGUUAUCCUUCUGAACAAAAUGGCUGUGUCUGUUGACCUUUUUUUAAAAAGAAAAUAAAAGCAUUUCCAAACUUUUUAGUGUCAAAAGCGUAAACAUAAGAAUACUGACUUUUUUCAGUGUGUGUGGCGAGUGCUGUAACCCUGUCAUCAUUGGUAUUUCCCCUUUCCUUUUUCAGGGGUAUAUUUUUUAUUUUUUAUUUUCCUGUUUUGUUCUCUGCUUGUCAAUUAUUGUCUGUGUGGUCCUCUGGCUGGGACAAUUACCGACAAUGUGUGUCUGUUGUCCAGUUUUAAAUAAAAAAAAGAUAGAAGUAGAAAUGAAAAAAGUUGUGUAUUAAAAAUAUAAAAAAUUAAAUGUAUCAUCCAAAGGAAUUCAAAAUAUGAAAAGGCAAAGUUCUGGACAACUCCUCCCAGUUUUAUAAGGAAAUGGAUUUUUUUAGGAUCAAGGUACCUUUCAAUUGCCUUUGACAGACCAAGGAAGACCAAACCAGUGUGGCCUUCUUAGCAAUGUUAUUAACUCCUGAUUUUAUCCCUCUCCCAAUACUGUAAUGUAUGGAUGACCUUUCAAAAACAGGAAGGGGCAGCAUUAGAAACAACUUUUUCCAUUGAUAUCUCUGGGGCUUUAAUACUGCAAAUUUAAAUAGAAGGGAUGCAUUGCAGCAUUUUUGCACACUCUUUUAGUCUCUAUUUUUUACACACAAACUACUUAGUAUUUCUUAAUGCACCUUCAUUUAUGUCAGUCCCAGUUUAUUUGUGUGUGGUUAUUUUGUAUGUACCCACUUUUGACAAUGUGCAUUCAGAAUCUUACAACAAAGGGCUUGCCAUUCUUUUCUGCACCAGUGGGAUGGAAACUUUUGAAUUUACUUUUAAAGGGUAUGGCCAACAUAAAUCUGCAUAUCAUAAAUACUGUUGCUACUAGCCAUAUCUUAAUUUAUUUUACAUGAAUGUACCUUUUUUAAAAAUCCUGGUAAAUUUGGGGGAUAUCAGUAACCCUUUCAGUUUGAGGUUACCAAUGUUCCUGUGCUGCUGUCUAUUUAAUUCAUUGUCCAUUGCUGCAGCAGAAGUAAAAGUUGAGAAUGCUGGGAUACAUUUUUGUUAAUAUGGGAUAUAAUUAUUAAGCCAAGCUUAAUUGAUAUUCUUCCUUAAAUUUGUUUUUUAGCCAUCUUUCAUGGCUAAAUCAUUUCUCUCAAUCAUUUCACCUAGUAAAUCUGGGUUUCCCAAAUCUGGGUCUCCAGUUGUUUUUGAACUACAACUCUCAUAAUCCCUAGCUAGCAGGACCAGUGGUCAGGGAUGAUGGAAAAUGUAGUCCAGAAACAGCUGGAAGCCAAAGUUUGGGAAACCCUGCUGAGUGAACCCAGGAUUUGGCUUAAUACUGAUUUCAGUGGGCACCUCCUAAAUACAAAUAGUUCACAGGUGUUGCUUUGCUCAGCUAGUCUUCUGUCCUUCAGUGAUAUUUGGUAUGCUAGAUCUAAGCAUAUUUAUGCAUAUCAAAAGUUCGUGUUCUUCUUUAGGUUCCAUGUAAGUAAAUGGAGUUGUAUCCAGAAGACGUUAUUAUCAACUGGCAUAACUUAAAGCUGAUGUAACAUCAUGUUCAUUCAUCCCUGCCAGGACAGUAUUGCUACUUCCCUCUCAUUUACCUCAUGCUGAAUUUAGAUCACCAGGAUCCGUUUUAACAAAUUUUUCGUGAAGGCAGCACAGCGGGCUGUCAAAGGGAGUGAAAAAUUGUAGGAUGUUCUCAACACACACACACACACACACACACAACCCUCUCACGCAUACACUACAGAAAGUGAUCUUUUACUACUUGGAAAGUGAUGUGUUGCACUUUAACAGAGGAGGAGAUGAGCUUUGCAUAUAUAGUCUGGCAUACUUUGAGUUCCUUCUGGAAGGAGCAGCAGCGGGAGAUAAUAGAUGUCUGUGAUGCAAGUGCGCACGCUGCCUUCAACAUGUAUGUGUUUUAUUGAUGGAGUCAUGUUACUGACAGGAUAAUGAAUUGCAAAGAAAUUGUGUUAUAUAUUCAACUUUGCCUUGAUAAUAUAAACACUUUUGUUCAGUUUUUUUUCUUUCCUUUUUUUUUAUUCACAAACUAAGUUCAUGAGGAAAUUAUAAAAUUAUUUAAAAAUG